AAGCGAGUGCAUGAUGCAUCAUGGUGGUAAAAGUGCACGACUGCAGAUAGAUGUGAUUUAAUAAUAACAAUAACAAUGAUAAUGCCUGUCUCGCAGGAGUGACAGCUUUUGACGAGCUGUCUCUGGUGCAUUGCGAUGCAUGACGGUGCUGAUAAGGAGUCAGAAUCAGGGUGGGGUUGGUGGCCCUCCUGGAGACCGACCUCCAUGUCACUGUUAAAGAGCACAGAGGCGAAAAUCCUUGCCCGUAUUCAGAAUGAUCUCUGGGCUCGUUUUGUCACUCUUCCUACUCAGGAUAGGAUCUGGACUCUUACAGUAACCAGUAGGAACUCUCUGAAACCUGCAGGACCUGUGUCUAAGACACCCCUGGUGAUGGUCCAUGGCUUUGGGGGAGGGGUGGGGCUUUGGAUUCGGAACCUAGACCCCCUGUGUCGCUCCCGGCCAGUCAUGGCCUUCGACCUCCUGGGCUUCGGCCGCAGCUCCCGGCCUCCCUUCCCAUUGGAUGCAGCUCAGGCGGAAGAGAAGUCCGUUGGCUCCAUCGAGCACUGGAGGCGGGCCCUGGGCCUAGAACGUAUGAUAUUAUUGGGUCACAGCCUUGGCGGUUACCUGGCAACCUCCUAUGCUAUUCAGUACCCUGAGAGGGUCUGCCACUUGAUCCUGGUUGAUCCUUGGGGUUUCCCAGAGCGACCACAGCCCGUGGUGGCUGGUGCAGACGACAAGAAGCCGAAGCUCCCUCGCUGGGUGAAGGCCGUGUUGUCUGUUGUCACUCUGUUCAACCCUCUAGCCGUCAUACGUGCGGCAGGACCAUGGGGUCCAGGGCUGGUGCAGAAAUUCCGGCCGGACUUCAAGAGAAAGUUCGAGGACCUGUUUGAUGACGACACCAUGACGCAGUACAUCUACCACUGCAAUGCACAGAGGCCGAGUGGGGAGGUGGGCUUCAGGGCCAUGUCGGAGUCCCUGGGCUGGGCCAGGAGGCCCAUGCUGCAGAGGGUCCACCUUCUCCCCCCAGAGCUCCCAGUCACGCUGCUGUACGGGGCACGCUCCUGGAUGGACAGCAGCACGGGAAGCAGGGUGGCGCAGCUGAGGCCCCGGAGCCACACUUACACUGUGGUGAUAGAAGGAGCGUCUCACCACAUCUACGCCGACCAGCCAGACGAGUUCAACAGAGUGGUGAGGAACAUCUGCGACAGCGUGGACUGAAGGGAAGUCUUGAAGAGACGGGAUGGGGGGAGUUUCCAUGUCUGUGGGGGGGCAGAAGAGGCCUGCUGGCGAUGGUUCAGGAGAGCUGGACAUAGUUGGACUUCACUAAAGUGCCCUAGUCUAAGUGGGAACCUGGACCCCUGCCUGCCUGCUGGAUUUUUCAAUCUUCUGCUGGAAGCCUCUCAUGUGUUUUUGACUAUAAUCCCUGUAUUAUGGCCUCCAUUUCAUAUCCUCAUUUAAAAUUAAAUGAAUAACACAUUGGGUGCCUUUAA